UUAGGUAGUUCAGUAUCGCGGCAAAACUCAGAAAACAUUUUGGCAAGCCCCACCAAUCUCUUACAACGCUGCCUGCGCGGCGCUCUCCUGUAUAUAACGUCAAGCCCAGGUCCAAUAUUCAGCGAUGGCUCCCCAAUUACAGAAAGACAAUCAGUUGAAUAUUUUCAAUAAAUACAGGAUUUUAUUCCAACAUUAAGAAAUCGAUUUUUAUUCACACAAGGCUUAUAUAGCUAUUUUAAUUGAAAGGAAAAAUUUUGGGCGAGAACUGAGAACUGGUGAAGACAGUCGAUCAGCUUCUGUUUACAAAAACCCAGCUAUGGCAUCGUCAGUGGAUGAAAUGGAGCAGGCUUUAGGAGUUCCUGACGAAUCGAGCUUUCUUGAUUUCAUCAAUAUGCUGGAUAAUGUUUGCCUGAAGAAAAUAUUCUUGUAUCUUUCUCCUGGAGACAGACUCAAUGCAGAAAAGGUUUGCAAGCGUUGGAGAGCUGUAUCCAAAGUUUCAUGGAACAACCUGAAGCGCCUGAAUUUCACAAAAUCCGAUACAUAUUCAACUGAUUUCGACAAAUUACCAGAUAUCUACAAGAAUAUUCAGAGCAUCGCUAAAAUUCUGAGGAGAUGUGGACGUUAUCUACGAGUUUUGAAACUUGGCAAGCCUUGUCACUAUACAAUGCUUCCAUUCGUUACUAAAUACUGCGAGAAUUUAGGCAGAUUAAACGUCUGUCUGUCCCCUGCCGGGAACAACAUUUCCAGUAUUUCACAAAUUAAAAGUCUAACACACUUUUGCUUGGAACGAAUGUCGAACAAUUCUGAUUCAGCCGUUUUUAGGAUAUUGCCUUGCGAAACAUUACGUGGACUGCACCUAAUUACAGGCGAAUGUAGAUAUGAUUACAAUAUCGAUGGUGAACGCUCACACCUGCCUGACAAUUAUGAAUACUAUCUUCGAAAUUUGAAGAACUUAACAUCCAUCACAAUACGCAGUUUUCAUCUGGAUGAUGCAAUGGAAACUAUAAUAAAUCAAAACGCUAAUGUCGACUCCCUCUCCCUCGCCGAUUGCACGAUUAGUGGAACAUUCUUUAUCACUGCUCUCACAAAUUUGCAGUACCUAAAUCUCCAGAAUGUCUUAGCUGUCGACAACUCUUUUCUAGACCCAUUAUCAAGAACUUGCCGGAAGUUGGUGCAUCUAGUUCUCGCGUUCUGCAGCCGUAUCGACGAUAACGGGGUCAUGCACUUGUGGAGAUUACCCGAACUCAAGGUUCUUAGUCUGGACAGCAUGUGCCUCAUCACAGAUGGUUCUCUCAUCGGAUUACGCACUCUGAGAGAAUUGAGUUGUGAGCAUUGUAGGGGCAUAAGGAAUGGGGAAGUCAUCACUCUUCUGAGAAUUGCCCCUGACCUGCGUGUUUUGAACUUGAUAGGGACCGGCAUUACUCGCGAUGUGCUCUUUGAAACGCACGAAGUUACAAAGCGCAGAGCCAACGGUUUGUCACUCAAGAUGUUUGUCGACACCUCCGUCACCGCCAAUUGGAUCGCGAACAAUGACUCCCCUUUGCUGAUAGUCGAAACUCCAGAUGAUGCCAGGCAUCCACGCAGGCCUCGGGGAGAACGAGUUUAUGAUGACGACGAUGAUUACAAUUCUAGUUAUGAGUUUCAGUACGAGUACGGGUCGGAUUCCGAGUCCAACGAAGAUGAGGAUACGUCUGAUUCAGAUGAUUGAUUGAAAACAGAAUCCGAUCCUACUAAAAUGCGGUGGCCGACAAAGGGGAUGAGGAACAAGAAAAUUUUCCCAGAAGAAUUGUAGUUUUUCUUUGAUAUUUCAUCGAGGGAAUUUUUGAAAGGGAGUUUUCCACUAUAAUUGGCAAUUCUAUUUUUUAAAAAUGUGCUUUUGAGGCUAGGGAGGAUUUUGAAGGGACCAGAUGAACAUGAGUGGUUGUGUGCACAAUUUGAGUUCUAUGAGUAUGCGUCCGUCCUUAAAAGAUAUUUUAUACUCAUUAUUGUACGUAUCAAGUUCGAUAAUUCUGUAAUUUGUAUACUUAAACCUGAUGAUAUUGUGGAUUGAGCUAAUAACGGUAUUGUACGAGUAAGACUGCUCUGAUUGAAAAAAAAUUGUUAUCCAUUGAACCAAAUUUCAUGAAUAAAUUUAUAUAAUUCGUAGUGGGAA